AAACCAAAAACUCAGAAAUUUGUAUUGUUAAUGUGUUAAAAAUAACUCGUGAUCAAGAUUUCUUUGUUAUAAGUUAAAAGAAAAAGACGAAAGAAGGAAGACCGCCGUUUCUAAUGAGAACUGUAUAGGUUUCUCGUCAUUAUUUGUCCGUAAAAAACAAAAAAGACAACAUGAAUGCUCGAUCGCAGGUAUUCGAAUUGACCAUGGAAGGUCGGCAGGUUGAUGAAGCCAUAUCUAGUAUUUUUCAUACAGUGUUGUUUCAUCGGUGCUUGGGCAAAUACAUGUAUACCGGCGAAACCCAAUAUUCAAUUGGCACAGUCGGGUACACAGACGUAGAUUGUGAUUUCAUUGAUUUUACUUACGUAUGUUGUGCCUCGGACUUUCUUAAUCGCACUGUUAAGCGGGCUAUCAAUCUCUUUAGUGAACAACUUCGUAGCAACGAUAGCAGCGGUUCUGGUCAAAUCAGCUUAGAAUUCUUUCAAAAGAAAAAGAGUCGCUGGCCUUUUCAACAGGAAUGUAUUCCAUGGGAAGUGUGGACAGUUCGUUUGGAUUUAAUUAAAUAUGACAACGAAGACGACCGCCAAUUGUCCCGUGAAAAUGUCAGCGAUCUUUUAACCGAAAAGGUCGUAUACAUUACCGAAGUAAUGAAUCGCGAAGACUAUGUCCCCAAGACACCAAUACAAAAUGAAAUAGAUCUUAUUUUUGAUACAUCAUAUCCGGAUGUUCAACCCUAUUUGUUCAAGUUCGAUUAUAAUACGUCGGGCACAAAUACCCCAUCAGUAAGCAACACUAUGAAGAAAAUACUAAGAGAGACGCUAGCUUUAUGACUGACCAAAGUCCAUUCAAUUCCAAAAAAAUCAGUGGUUUUUUAUUUUUAUCGAUUGUUAGUUGUUGAAUUGAUUUUAUUUAUUCAGCUCUUUGACAUUUUCUUUGUGUCCGAUCACAAAAAAUGCUUGACAAAAUUAAUCUUUUGAAAUACUUAUUUCUUUUUAUUUUUCAAUUAGGUUUCAAUUAAAAUAGAGAAAAUGAAAAAAAAAAUUAUUUAAAAUAAUAAAAAAAACAGUAUGUUUCAUAUCACAGAGCAACACAAAUUUAGUUCUCCAAAAUAAUGUUUCUCUUAAACUAGUGUUAAAAUUGGUAUUGUUAGUUCGAUAAAGUAAAAAAUAAACUACAAUAAAAUGAAAUAACAAAAAACAAAAUAACACAAUUUUUCAAACCUUAAAUUCUCUUUUAAAUUAAAUAUAUUAAAAGUCAAAGCGGUUUGUCGUUUUAUAUUUUUCUUUAACCAAAACAAACAACGUACUUACUUGUUUUCUGUCCUAUUAAGUAAUUAUUAAAGAUCCUAAGUGUCGUUAUUGGUGGUUUGUGCGUUAGCUUUAAUUAAUCGUGAAAUUUAUAAGUUAUCACCUAUCUAAAUUGCAUUACAAAAAGACACCCGGAUAGUAAUAGAAAAAUUAAACAAAUUUUGAUUUUUAAAUUAAUGUAUGUACAUACAUACACACUUGAAUUAGUGAUGUUCAUUUUUCAUAUUGGGAAGUUUAGAGCCAUUGACCUACAAAAGCACUUAUUAUGUUAUAAAUUAUAAGAAGUGAUUGAACUUCAAAAACUAUAAUGAAGAUUUUGUUUAUAAGGCAAUUAGAAACACAUAACUUUCGCAUGCAUGAAGUGGCGAUGGAGUUUGAUAGGAAACAACGUUUUAAAAUAAUUAAUUUUAUUGAUGUGCUAUGAUUAGAAUUGUUGAAAAACAUUUAUGCUGACAUUAAACAUGAGUAGUAGGUGACCUCUUUGGCUUUAGGUCAAAAAUGAACAUUUUUUUUUGGCUUGCUACGUUUUGUUUAGGCCAUAGGGCCACUUAACCAUUUUUAAGUAACAAAUAGUUUUGUAAAGUGCUGAGUUCUGCGAAGUAACUCGUCUCUGGGAGAGAUGGCACUAUAAAAGCCCGUAUAUAUUAUAUAAGAAAACUUAAAGUGCCGUGGUGAGUACGGAAUAUUAAUAUUUUAAAACGAAAGUUUCAGACAUUGUUCUUAUAAGAUUUCGAACAAAUUUCUAUAUUGGGCCCGACAAAAAUAGCGACUAUGAUUUUUCUAUUGCUAAUUUUUUUUUUUGCAAAUAUUCUUUUAAUUCAGUAAACGUGAGUUCUUCCGAUUUUAUUUCGUAAUGAAAAAAAGUGUUGUUUCUUUGUAUGUACAUAUUUAAAAGUUUAAGUCAAUGUCGCUCAAACAAAUUAAUUUAAAUUUAAUUGUGAAUGAUCAAAAUGAUUUUUUGUUACUCCAUAUAAAAAUAUUGGUCAAAUAAAUUACAUAAUUGUACUUUAAUUUGCACUUUCUGCUGGGUUAAGAAUAAAAAGGAAACAUAAAACGAACGAAUAAAUAAUAUCAAUACCAAAUAUCCACACAAAAUAAAUGUAUGUUAUUUAUUUGUUUAUUUUCUUUCAAAAACACAAUUUUUAAAAAUAUUUAAAUGCAUAUACAAAAAACAAUCAAUUGAAUGUACGAGCAUUGGUUGUAUUGAAACCAUAAUUUAAGCGUGAAAAGAACAGACAAAAAACUUAUUUGUUAGAUUUAAAAUAGAUUUAAAUUAGUUUUAAAACUAAAGUAUAAAUUAUUUUGUAAGUGUAAAUAAAAGAUAUAAAAAUGUA